AUGGCAGGCAUAUUUCGAACAAUCUAUGAUUGGCUCCUGCGGCUGUUCUGGGCUACCGAGAUGGAUGUCACCAUGAUUGGCCUGCAGAACGCCGGCAAGUCGUCGCUACUUCGGGUGUUGGCGGGCGGAGAGUUCACUAUUGAUUCCAUACCAACGAUUGGCUUCAACACCAAAAAGGUCCAAAAGGGCCAUGUGACAUUGAAAUGCUGGGAUCUUGGGGGUCAACCACGCUUCCGACCGAUGUGGGAACGGUAUUGCCGUGGGGUAAACGCCAUUGUGUAUAUUGUUGACGCAGCCGAUCAACCGGCGCUACCGAUUGCGACGGAGGAGCUGCACGACUUGCUGAACAAGCCCAGUUUGGAGGGCAUCCCACUGCUAGUGCUCGGUAACAAAUCCGACCUACCAAACAAACUGUCGGUCGACGAGAUCAUCGAAGAGAUGGACCUCAAGUCCAUCACCCGCCGCGAGGUGAGCUGCUAUGGGAUCAGCGCCAAGGAAGAGACGAACCUGGAUGCUGUGCUGCACUGGUUGAUCGCUCGUGCGAGCAGGUAA